CUCCGCUCUCUGUAUCUGUCUUUCCAUCUUUGUCUCUUUAUCUGCUAUAUAUCACUGAUCUCUUCAUAUUGGUAUUUCCUCUGUUACAUCCUUAAAAUUCUCAAACACUACACUGCCUUUUGUUUCUGCUUGAAGAAGAAGAGGUUUCGCAGAUUCCUGGUUACGUCUCCAUGACACUCACUUCUUUAAUGGGUAUUUCCUUCUUUUUGGUCUAACAGUUCUGAGAAAGUUGUAGCCAAUGGGUGUUUGAAGAAGAAGAAGAAGAAGAGCUGUUUUCCUUUCUUUCUUUCUUUUUUAUUGUUUAUGAAUGGAAACUUCUGGUUUACCUGGUGGGGUGUUUUCCGGGAUUGGUUCGGGAAUUUUAGGCCUUGAAAUGCCUUUACCCCCUCCUCGACAACAACCUCAAAAUCCCCAAACUGUUCAACACCCGCAUGGUUUUCUUCAACACCCACAAAUGGUUGCUUAUUCCUCCAACCAUGAAAACGAAAAACAGCUUAAACCAGGUUACACUUUUGGUUCCAAAACCGGACAGACAUCUGCUGUUAGCGAUGAUGAUGAGCCUGCAGGUUUCACUCUCGAUGACGGUGGUGGUAAGAGAAAAGAUUCGCCAUGGCAAAGAAUGAAAUGGACCGAUGGCAUGGUGAGGCUAUUGAUAAUGGCGGUUCACUACAUCGGCGAUGAAGCUGGACCGGAGGGUGGCGCCACCGAUCCUAGUGGAAAGAAAAAGGGUGUCGGUGGUGGAUUGUUGCAGAAGAAAGGGAAAUGGAAAUCGGUUUCGAGGGCGAUGAUGGAGAAAGGCUUUUAUGUUUCGCCUCAACAAUGUGAAGACAAGUUCAAUGAUUUGAACAAGAGGUACAAGAGGGUUAAUGAUAUACUUGGUAGAGGGACCGCUUGUAAGGUUGUAGAGAAUCAAACCUUGCUUGAUUCCAUGGAUUUGUCCCCCAAAAUGAAGGAACAAGUUCGGAAAUUGUUGAACUCCAAGCACUUGUUCUUCAGAGAAAUGUGUGCUUACCAUCAUAGCUGUGGCCAUGCUUCGAGUGCUAAUCAUUCACCGGAUGAGACAUCCCAAAUCCAGCACCAACAAGCUAAAAAUGCUCGAAUUUGCGGCGAUUCGGAGUCGAAGUCGGCUAAAGUGGUAGGCAGUGAAGAGGAUGACGAUGACGAUGAAGACGAAGAGGACGAUGUUGAUGAGGAUGAUGACGAUGAAGAAGCAAUGGAUGAAGAAAACGAUGAAGAGUCAUUGUCGCCAUCGAUGCAACAACUGAGCAGUGAAGUGGUGAAGGUGAUAGAAGAUGGAUCGAAGAGCGGUUGGGAGAAGAAACAAUGGAUGAAGAAGAGGGCGAUGCAAUUGGAAGAGCGGCGAGUGAGGUACCAAAACCGGGCAUUGAAGCUGGAGAGUCAGAGGCUCAAGUGGGUGAGAUUCAGUGGGAAGAAAGGAAGGGAAAUGGAGAAAGCGAAGCUCGAUAACCAACGAAGGCUGAUCGAAAACGAGAGGUUGGCCCUGAUUUUAAGACACAAGGAGAUGGAGCUGUCGGAGAUGGUGGAUAUUCAACCCUAUCACCACCAUUCUCCUAACAAAAGGGGAGACCCAUCAAGCAUCACUGGUUGAAAAUGUAACAUAUUAUUACGGAUUUUAUGUCAGCUUUUUGUAUGAACAAAGAAAGAAAAAAAGAUAGCUUGUUAUGCUCUUGUGUUUAUGAAAUUUAGUUAUCCCUACAUGUGAAUUCUGGUUUUCAUUUUC